AUGUCUCAUAAUAGUUUUUCGAGUCCCGCGAGUUCUGGCCCGGGACGGCCGGGUAUGGCCAUCACGUUGAGUCAACCACGUCCGGGAGCUGCUCGGCGACAAAACGAAUACCUCGACAGCCCAUUGAGAGCUCCUCCGCCCUUGCCGGCUACGUCGCCUUUAGGUUCUCCGGCGAGUUUCGGUUUACCAUCGGCUAUUUUGGAAGCGCCGAAAAAAGGUUCGUCGUCCGGCGCUCUCCUCAAGGCUCCACCUCGAACACCGAUCGACGACCUCUGCAAAAAGCAGAACGCGGUCAACCUCAAUGAAUCGACGACGACAGCGAGCUCGAUCGUCUGCCGAGACUGUGGCAAGUGCCGAUGCGAAGCUUGCCAGGAACCCAAAGCGCUACCCUCAAGAUGGAUUUGCAACGAUAAAUUCCACUGUUCGGCACACAACAUCGUCGAGCACGUCACCUGCUUGUGUUGCGCUCAGGCCGUCUUCUAUCAUUACGCGAAAGACACCGACCUAGAUUCGGACGUCUCGUGCGCGGACAAGCCAUGCUCAUGCGGACCUGAACAUUUCUGGUCCCGUUGGGGAUGCCUAGCCAUGAUGAGUGCCAUCUUACCCUGUCUGUGUUGCUAUCCUCCAUUGAAAGGCUGUGUUAACGUUUGUGAGAGCGCCUACGGAAGAUGGACCUCGCGUUGCGGAUGCCAUUGCGAGUACAAGAACCCCAACAAGCUGCUGUCAUCAACGUAA